AUGAGUGACAAUCCGCCAGAUGCUGCCGGCUCUCGCUCGCGCAAGCCCAAGAACCUCUACAUUGCUCACCGCCGGUCUCCCAGUGAGUUGACCACACUCAUGGUGGAGCAAUAUAAUCUCCAGCGGCAAUUGGAAGCUGUGCAAUCGCAACAGAAGCAGAUUUUGCAACAACAAGCCCAGCUGCUGCUGCAAGAGUCUCAACUGUACAAAUCGCACUCCAGAUCCCCUUCUUACAAUGGCCAACAAGGUCACCGCCGAACAGGCUCUCUGGGCGGCAACAACAACAACCAUGGUCACUCCCGCAGACAUUCAUUGGGGCUCAAUGAGGCAAUAAAGGCUGCAGCUCUGCAACGUGUGUCCAACUUAGCGUCGCUUUCGGGCUCCACUUCCCAAAACACUCAAAACGACCGCUCCCCCGGCCUGGACACGGCUCUGCCAACAUUGGGUCCCAUGGCCGACAACUUGGGUGGCUUUCGAUUUCCCAAUAACAACGCUGAUUCCGAUCGUGAGCUGUCCCCCAACCAUAACCGGUCACGCUCCUUGGCAUAUGGUCAACAGUCGUUUAAAUUCCCACCGGACAACAGCUCCUUGCUUCCACCUGUGCCUAACUUUGGCAACCAGUCACCUGAGCGUGGCCACCAGAGACGUAGCUCUCAUUACCGUUCAGGCUCGCGCAACUUCGAUUCGGGAUCCAACAUCAACUCUAAUUGGCGCACACAGCAGUCGAACCACCAGCGCAACAGCCUGAACUCAAAUACUCUUGAACCUCCCAACUUUUUUGUUCCAGGCCACAAGAAUAAGAGCAGUUCUUUUGGCGGGGGCAAUUCGUCCAUCUCGUCAAUGAACCUGUUCAACCCCAACAAUAACAAUAAUAACGGCGUCAACAACGUUAACGGACGCAAGUCUCUUUUCGCUCCCUACUUGCCCCAGUCGUCGUUACCCGAAUUAAUUAAUGAGGGUCGUCUUGUUACUGGAAUUUUGCGUGUGAACAAGAAGAACCGUUCUGACGCAUAUGUAUCCACCGAUGGUCUUUUGGAGGCUGACAUUUUUAUUUGUGGCUCAAAGGAUAGAAACCGUGCUUUGGAAGGUGACUUGGUUGCUGUGGAGUUGCUUGUUGUAGAUGAAGUUUGGGAUUCCAAGAAAGAAAAAGAAGAGAAAAAGAGAAGAAAAGAUAAUACCUUGGGCAAAUCCAAUACUUCCUCCAUUCUCAAUGAUGAUAUUCACAAUGACGCGACUUCGACUCUGACUAAUGAUAACGAUGGAAAGCUGGAGGCAGAGGGUGAAGGUUUGGGUAGAAGAGGUUCCUUGAAACAAAGACCAACCAUGAAGAAAAAUGAUGAUGUUGAAGUUGAGGGGCAAGCAUUGCUAUUGGUUGAAGAGGAGGAGAUCAACGACGAAGUUAAGCCAUUAUACGCUGGCCAUGUUGUUGCUGUUGUUGAUCGUAUUCCUGGCCAGAUUUUCGCCGGAACUCUAGGAUUGCUCAGACCUGCCCAAGCUGCCCAAGCUGCCAUUGACAAGAAAAGUGGAAAGGAGUCAUCUGUACACACUCCGAAGGCCCCGAAGAUCGUCUGGUUCAAGCCUACUGACAAGCGUGUGCCACUAAUUGCUAUCCCUACCGAACAAGCACCAAGAGACUUUGUUGACAAGCACGAGAAAUAUGCCGACCAAUUGUUCAUUGCAUCCAUCAAGAGGUGGCCAAUUACCUCUUUGCACCCAUUCGGAACCUUAGUGACCAAAUUGGGCCCCAUUGAUGACCCUAAUAUUGAGGUCGAUUCGAUUUUGCGCGAUAAUAACUUCUUGUGCGAUGAAUACCCUGCUAAUCCUGAUGCAGAUGACACUUAUCUCGCAUCGUUCUUUGGUCCUAUUCCGAAUGUCGCAGUAGAGCUCCAAAGUCCUAACAGAAUUGAGUACAUCAGCGAUUACGUCAUUGCUUUCACUGCCAAUAAGCAGUUUUCUGAGGUUGCUUUACAUGUGAAGAGGCUCAGCAAUACAAUUAUUGAGUUGGGUUUCCAUUCUGUUGAUGUUUCUCAUUAUGUUCAACAGAGCUCGACCUUGGAAAGAAAGGCUAAGAAGAGAUCCUCCUCCGUCUUCUUACCACAGAAAGUGUCUCACUUGUACCCAGUAGAACUUAACGACGAAGCAUCUUUCGAAGAAAACAUGAAAAGCUUGGCCAUUUCCGUUGUUUUCGAGAUUGACACUACUAACUUCGAAGUGGAGGACGUUCAUAUCCAUGAAUCAGUUGUGAUUCCUAAGUCCUUGGUGACUUUCGAUGAGGUUGAUGAUAUUUUGAAUAACAACCCUCCUGAAUCAAUUACAUCUGCUACCUCGGACUACAUCAAAACUUUUGCUUUAAUUGCAAAAGAGUUCCGUCGCCAACGGUUGGAAGACAGAAGUCUCAGUCUUAGCCCAAGUUUGACUCUUUUAGAUCAGUUGGAUGACGAGAAGGUCAGAUUGCAUUUAAACAUCUUCGAUUCCACUCCUGCAGCGCUGGUUGUAGCUGAGAUCAGUCAUAAGGUCAAUGCCACGGUGGCUUCGAAAAUUCAUGCCAAAUUGGGUGAUGAAGCUUUCUUGCGUCGCCAGGCUUUGCCAACAUUGCAAAAGUUGGAGGGCUUUUCAAGAAAAGCCGCAAACUUGGGUGUCAGAAUUGAUACCAGCACAGCCGCUUCCUUGGAAAAAUCCAUUUUGAGCAUUCAGGAUCCAGUUAAGAGGCAAUGUAUUGAGACGUUGUUGUACAAGUGCUUGCCACGACCAAAGUAUUACAUUGCUGGUAAGCAAGACCCUGAUAAUUAUUCUCAUUACUAUUUGAACUUGCCUCUCUACACUCAUUUCACAGCUCCUUUGAGAAGAUUUUCCGAUUUGAUUGUGCACAGGCAAGUCAAGGCAGUGAUUUACGAUCGCCCAGCAGAAACACCAACUGACUUGGAUGCUUUGAAAGCCAUUGCUGAUUAUUGUAACUUCAAGAAGGACUGCGCAGCCAAUGCUCAAGAACAAGCUAUUCAUUUGUUGUUAUCACAAACUAUUAAUGAGAUGAGUGAACAUGCUGGACAACUUUUGGUGAUGGGAACUGUUGUGCAAGUAUACGAGUCUUCGUUUGAUGUCUUUAUUCCUGAGUUCGGAAUAGAGAAGAGAGUUCAUGGCGACCAGUUGCCUCUUGUGAAGGCAGAAUUCGACAAAACGAAUAGGAUUCUUGAGUUGUAUUGGGAAAAGGGCGUCGAUUCCGCUACGUAUAUCCCUCCAGAUGAGCGUUCGUCGUUGAGUUAUAGAUCCUCGAUCAAGAACAAAUACCGCACGUCUGCAUCCGAAGCUGCUAAGAUUCAAAGCAAAAAUAUGGCUCAAAAGGAGACCAUUGCGACGGAAAGCAUUCUUUCGAAGCUUGCAGAGUUGGAUAUCAACGCACCCAAGGUUGUUGCACCAGUUGCCAAGAUGUGGCCCUCUGUGAGACCAGGUAUCCUGCAAGGAUUAGCUCCUUAUUUGCAAGAUGCUAUAACACGGGUGGAAGGUAACUCCUACAUUCAGGAGAUUCGAGAGUUCAAGCCCGUUGCAGUUUUGUUGCGGGCUGAGAUUGGCAUGGCAUUGCCAUGUUUGACUGUACGGAUCUUGAAUCCAUUUGCUGACAUCUGA